CCAGCCUUGCUCGUAUCGAAGAUUAUGGCGUCAGUAAGGCACAGACGGGAUGAACACGAUGCGACUUUACUUUGGCGACCUCGGCGUUUUUCCUUCUUUACCCUGGCACCCGGCUCGUGACAAUGAUGUGCAACUGAUAAGCGAGGAGAGUGGGGGAAUUGGUCGGAGCAACUGUAGGGUAAUCCCCGCCUCGGCGAUGAGGAUACUCUGGGGUUGUGUGCCUGCAUGGAGAAAUCUCCUCAAAUUUCGACAUGCAUCCCACACGUCUUGUUCUUAUCAUCUAAUGCUUGUCGCAUCUUUGCCCAAAGCUUGGUUCAAAAGCUUCUUCGGUCGAACACCUCCACUUCUUUGGACGACUUCGGCUAACAUGUCUUCACCCAUCAUGAGUCCAUUGAGUCCAUUGAGCCCUACGGGCUCGACCAAGGCAAAUUUGUUUAGAAACAGAGUCCCAACACAACUAAGGAGAUGUCUGCCCUUGUACAUCGCUUGUGUCUGCAUAAUACUCCUCGUUCUCAACAUCGACUUGUUCGGAUCGAUGCCUAAACCUGUACACCUCUCAAAGCGUGGCGGCCGUCACUCAAAAGCAAGCACUCGUGGAUUCCCCAAGAAGAUAUGGCAGAGUUGGAAGGUUGCACCCUUCUCAUUCGAGGCCGAGCAGAUUCUCACUGCGCGGACUUGGACGGACAAGAAUCCCGGGUAUCGGUACGAAGUUCUCACCGACAACAACGACAUGGAGUACGUCGAAGAACACUAUGGCCCUGACGGGUUCGAUCGCCCGGACAUCGUCGACAUGUACCGCAACGUGAAUGCCACCAUCAUCAAAGCUGACCUCCUCCGCUACAUGAUCAUGUAUGCCGAGGGAGGAGUCUACGCCGAUAUUGAUGUCGAGGACCUCCGACCUGUCAGCCGAUGGAUCCCGGAAAGAUACAACGAGACCGACCUGGAUCUUGUCAUUGGAGUCGAGAUUGACCAACCGAACUUCAAGGACCACCCGAUUCUCGGCAAGAAAUCCAUGUCCUUCUGUCAAUGGACAUUCAUGUCGCGACCUGGCCAUCCCGUCAUGCUGAAGCUUGUCGAAAACAUCAUGGCAUGGCUCAGUGAUGUAGCUAAGAACCAACGUGUGCCCGUCUCAGCAGUCAAGCUUGAUUUUGACGAGGUCAUCAGUGGCACUGGCCCCUCUGCCUUCACCAAAGCCGUCCUGGAUGUCAUGACCGCGCGUUCUCGAUCCGGGCCGAUUACCUGGGACACAUUCCACGACAUCGACGAGUCAAAAGUUGUCAGCAAUAUCCUCGUCCGCAACGUCGAGUCCUUCGCCGCUGGCCAGGGACACUCCGAUUCUGGAAACCAUAACUCCAGGGGCGCUCUCAUCAAGCACCACUACCACGCCUCAAACUGGCCCAGUCGUCACCCUCGCUUCAGGCACCCUAUCUUCGGCGAAGUGGAGAGGUGCAACUGGAAUAUUGAGUGUGUCAUUAAGUGGGAUCAAGAUAUCGCCGCCUUCAACUCUCUCUCCCCAGAGGAACAAAAGCAAAAGGUCGAGGAUCAUGAGAAUCUCCAGAAACUCCAAGCACAACAGAAUCAAAAAAAGGCAGAACAGCAAAAGGCCGCUGAGCAAAGGGCUGCUGAGCAGCCUUUGAUGUUCCCGCCGCCUCAACAGCCUCUUCAAUUGCCUCCAGCAGAUCCCGCACCACAAGAGGAGCUGAAGAUGGUAUGA